GUUUCGUUGCGUUGCGAACUUGCGAAUUUAUUCCGUGCCCCUCCUGUCUGUCGGUUUUAUUUAUGUUUGUAUAGGAUUACUGUGCUGGCUGAUACUAGACAAAGGACACAGGAAAUUAAUAUGGAGAAUCCGGAAGCAUUGGACAGUAGCAGGAGCCUCCAGGUACAGCCCACAUCGUGGUGCCAUCCCGCCAAUAGGGUUCACCGAUUUAUAGCCUUGAUUCUGAUGUGCUUUCUGUGUUUUGGUUCCUACUUCUGCUAUGAUACACCUGGGGCUCUGGCAGACAAUUUCAAAGAUGACUCACACUUAAACACUUCACAAUUCGCUCUGCUGUAUUCCAUAUAUUCCUGGCCAAAUGUGAUAUUAUGUUUCAUUGGUGGUUAUCUCAUUGAUAGGUGCUUCGGUGUUAGAUUGGGAACUAUAAUAUAUAUGACAAUAGUAUUUGUGGGUGCUGUAGUUUUUGCAUUUGGAGUCUACAUUAAUGCAUAUUGGCUUAUGAUACUUGGCAGAUUUAUUUUUGGAAUUGGAGGGGAGUCUCUACAAGUGGCUGUGAACAAUUAUGUGGUCCUAUGGUUUAAAGGGAAAGAGCUUAAUAUGGUGUUUGGCCUCCAACUUUCAUUUUCCAGAUUUGGAAGCACAGUCAAUUUCUGGGUUAUGGAACCUAUAUACAGAUGGGUCGCAAACUACUAUGCUGGUUAUGAAAGACUUGGUGUUGUACUGUUUAUUGCUUCCCUAACUUGUUUUGUGUCCCUGAUUUGUGGACUGAUUUUGGGAUGGAUGGACCAUAGAGCUGAAAAGAUUCUUGGCAGACAGGAAGAGCAUGCCAAUGAAGAGCCUUUCCAUCUUCGAGAUAUUCUACAUUUUAAGACAGUUUUUUGGCUUGUUUCUGUAAUCUGUGUGGCUUACUAUUUGGCCAUUUUCCCAUUUAUAGCAUUGGGGAAACUAUUUUUCGAGCGCAAAUUCAGCUUCCCGCCUCAAGAUGCAAAUAACGUAAAUGCAAUGGUUUAUUUGCUAUCUGCAGCGCUGAGCCCAUUCUUUGGAAUUCUUAUUGACAAAACAGGGAGAAAUGUUACUUGGGUGAUAAUCAGCAUUGUCACCACUAUAGGAGCUCAUUUUAUGUUGGCAUUUACAUUUUUUAAUCCCUACAUUGGAGUGAUCUCAUUGGGUAUAUCUUAUUCUUUACUCGCCAGUGGAUUGUGGCCUUUAGUAGCCUUAAUAGUUCCUGAAAAUCAACUUGGCACAGCAUAUGGAAUUUGUCAAGCUGUACAGAACAUGGGAUUGGCUACAGUAAUUCUAUUGGCAGGAAUGAUUGUUGACAAAUAUGGAUACCUGAUGCUCGAGAUGUUCUUUUUGGGAUGCCUUUUCAUUUCUCUCAUUGCUGCUGUACUCAUUUAUAUAAUGGAUUCCGCAAAUGAUGGUGUUCUUAAUAUGUCUCCAAGUAUGAGAGAAUCUAGUAAAAUGACGGUGAACUGUGACGAAACUGCAACCUUAUUGGACAAUGAAGACUGCACAGACCAUGAUGAAUCAGACUCAAGAAGGCCAUCAGAAUCCUUGACAGAUUCCCAAAGGGACCCUGCACAGGCCCAGUCUGACAGGAUACGCAGUAGAUACCUAUCACAAAUAUUGCCAAACACUAACAUUCCAGAGAGACAAUAGUUAUCAUGACAUGUGGUUAUAAUAUUAAUUUGUAAAUAGUAUAUUUUUAGAAUAAUUUUAAUUUGUUACAGUGAUAUAAACCUUGAAUACAAAUAUAAUUUUAAGACUAGUAAGUGUAAA